GAUAAGCACCACCCCGUGCAGUUAUAAGUUGAUGGUCGCCUUUCUAUCUUUGUCACCUUACCUGUUUCCUUUGCUGUCUUCACUGUCCUCAGGCGGUUCAUCGAGAACAGAUACAACAGGCCUCCCCUUCCUCCUGGACCAAUGUCGCUCCCACUGAUAGGGAACAUCUUAUCUAUCGACGCUCAAGAACCUUGGUCGACUUAUACUCAAUGGCAUGCUGCUUAUGGGGAAUUGGUCUUCACACGGAUUCUAGACCAGAAGGUGGUCGUAAUCAAUUCUCAGCAUGUUGCACAAGCCUUAAUGGACAAGCGUUCUCGGAUUUACUCCGAUCGACCAUACCUUGCAACACUCGAGCCAUUUGGCUGGUUGGUCAACUUUGCAUUCACAGGUUAUGGUGAUGAAUGGCGACUUUGCCGGCGACUCUUCCACCAAAGUUUCCGUCCUGACUCUGCACUCAAGUUUCGCCCGAUGCAGAUGAGACGGGCUCGUGAGAUGAUCGUCAAUCUUAUUGAUGACCCUCAACAUUAUCAUUCCCACUUCGCAACGUUCUCAUCUUCUGUUGCGAUGUCAGUUGUAUAUGACUAUCAGCCCAGUGCUCGUGACGAUCCCCUGAUCCGAGUCGUGGAAAAUGCACUGGAUAUUGCUCUUCAGGUCUUGACCCCAGAGAGAGCAAUCUUACUCAAAGCCUUCCCCUUCUUACUUAAGUUACCUGACUGGUGCUGGGGAUCAUCGAUCAAACGUGAUGCCCGAAUUUCAACCAAUCACGCGAAUGAAAUGACGGACAUACCGUUUCGAUAUGCGCAGCAGCAUAUGGGCGAAAACUUCCUUGGCCAGUUGUCAAUGGUGGCAGAAAAUUUGCAACGGAUGGAGAAGCAAGAUGAGGCAUCCAAACCAAUGUUCGAGACUGCCUUAAAGAAAGCAGCCACAACUGCUAUCUUAGGUUCAUAUGAGACGACUACUUCAACCCUCAUGGCUUUUGUUCUCGCUAUGGUGUCUUAUCCAGAUGUUCAAAGACGUGCACAAAUGGAGAUUGACUCAGUCGUUGGAAGAGAUCGCUUGCCUACGUUUGAGGACAGAGCAUCACUACCCUACGUUGAAUCAGUUCUGCGGGAGGCUUUGAGAUGGCACCCCAUUUUACCCCUUGGCGUGCCGCAUGCGACCUCGAGUGAUGAUAUGUAUGAAGGUUACUUCAUUCCAAAAGGAACGACUGUGAUAUGCAAUACAUGGGCCAUUUCGCGGGAUGAAAAGCGCUACCCUAACGCAUCUAAUUUUAUGCCGGAGAGGUUCAUUGACGUCAACGGUGCGUUGACGGACGAUGACCCUGCGGGAUACGUUUUUGGCUUAGGUCGGCGUGGAUGUCCAGGCCGGUAUGCUGCUGAUGCCUCCGUGUGGUCUGCUAUUGUGACCAUGUUAGCCACGGUGUAUUUUUCUCCCGCAAAAGAUGACCAGGGAAAAGUGAUCGACUUCACCCCCCAAUUCACGACGGGACUCACUCACUCCGUUCUUGUCUUCCCUUGCAAUAUUUCUCCACGUUCUCAUGUCCAUUCAGGACUUGUGGAUAUUUUCCGAACUGAAGCAUGAGUCGGAGUAACAUGUAUAUGCUAGCCUAACUACUUUGGUCUAAGUACAUCUAGCUAUAGCACUCUCUCACUUCUUCCACCACACGACCCAUGAUCAACCACGUCAAAGCUCACAUUCGAUAACUAUAUGA